AAACUUGUAUCGUUUGAAAACGUUUCAAACUACUUCCGUGUCACAGGCUUUUAUUGUGAAGGUCACUGACCCGGAACUACUUGUCCUGCCCGUGUUGUGUCCUUCCCGUGACAGCGAGGUGGAUCUUCUUCACAACAACGUCAGAACAGUGCUUCGUCCGCCUGAUGCAACGCGACCUCCCGCUUGCCGCUGCACCAUGAACGUCAGACCGUGUGCGUCUGUGCUGCUGCUCUCUGCGACGGGGUUCAGAGUCUGUGCAUCCAGGGCUCCUCGGUGCAGAGCUCUGAGUUCAUCAACAGCAACGACGUCCACUUGUCUGUCAAGUAUCUCACCGGUGUCCUGCAGACGCUCUUACUGCAGGGACGUCAAGGUGCGCUCGUACCUCCACUACAUAAAACACAAGUUUAUAGGCCCUCCCACUCCGCCGUACAGCCACAUCUGCCAGGUCGGGGACCCGGUGCUGCGUUCACAGGCCGCCGACGUCGACCCUGCAGCUAUAACAAGCCCCGAGAUCCAGAAAGUCAUCAGCACCAUGGUGAAAGUGAUGCGCAAACUGGAAUGCGUGGGACUCAGUGCGCCUCAGCUCGGGGUGCCGCUACGCAUCUUUGCCCUGGAAUAUCCCGAGAGGAUGUUGCAGGAGAGUUCGGCCGCGUCGCGGGAGGCCCGCGGCCUCUCCGCCCAGCCGCUGAGGGUGUUCAUUAAUCCCCAGCUGAGGGUUCUGGACGGGCGGACCGCGCUCUUUCAGGAAGCCUGCGAGAGCAUCACGGGCUUCUCUGCCACGGUUCCUCGCUACGUCUCCGUGGAAGUGUCCGGUCUGAACGAAAAGGGUGAAGCGAUCACGUUCCAGGCGACCGGCUGGCCGGCUCGAAUCCUCCAGCACGAGAUGGACCACCUGGACGGCGUCCUCUACGUCGACCGCAUGGACAGCAAGACCUUCGUCAACAUCCACUGGCAGAAGCACAACGAAUAGGAAACGGGACAAAUUCACUGGACAGACCGAAAAACAUCCUCAAACGGAAACUGAUUACACGGAGUGAUUUGAAUUGAUCUGAUCGGCCAGAGCUGUGUUGGUGAAAACUAGGAAAAUGCUUGUCAAAAGGUUUUUGUCUUGGGUGUAAAUACAUUAAAGUUAUUAAACUACGA